AUUGAAGACUGGACUUGCGUUAAUCUAACGAAUUAUUAUCAAGAAAAACGGGAGAAAAAGAAAGGAAGAAAAUAUUUGAUUACAUCUAAAAAAGAUCUCGGAAAAGUAUUAAAUCCUGAUUUUGAAUUCGAUAUGUUGCGUAAAGAAAAAGCACAAGAAAUUCUUGAAACUUGGAAGGUGAUGUAUUAG